UCCUUAGGCACUUCAGCAUUUCUUUCAAGUAAUUACUUCCCUGAUGUGACCUCCUUAUAAGGAAUAAAACAACAAUCUAUUAUUUCUGCACUAUGGCAGGCACCGUGUGUUUACCUGACAUUAUACAAGGCAACAGGCCACAGUAUAUAUUAUAGCUUAUGUAUAGAUAAGUACAUAUUUAUUGCUUAUCUGACAGCGACUGUAACCAUUUCAACGUUCAGUUAGUCUGCAAGAGGAAUCAGUUCCCCUUUUCUGUUGCAAGGUUUAUAAGCGCUGGCAACCGUUUAAGAGACUGUGAAAUGAGAAUCACAUGUCAAGUCAAGUGUCUGCGGAUUGCCUCGGAAGCAAGAAGCGAAAGCGUGAAAGCAGCGCAAGCUUUGGGCGCACAGGCAUGGCGGCGCCGGACGGCCAGGAGACCCUAGAGAGCUGGCUCAAUAAAGCCACAGAUCCCAGCAAUUCCAGCGAGCGAUGGGACUGCAUUCAGCGAUUCUAUGAGCAGGUCAAUGAAGAACACGACGGGCCUCAAGUCGCCACAAGGCUUUUGGCCCAUAAGAUCCAGUCACCCCAGGAGAAAGAAGCAUUGCAGGCCUUGACUGUUUUAGAAGCUUGCAUGAACAAUUGUGGGAAGCAGUUUCACAAGGAGGCCGGGAAGUUCCGUUUUCUCAAUGAAUUAAUUAAGACUUUAUCACCAAAGUACUUAGGCAAGGUGAGCCCAGAGACAGUGAGGUUAAAGGUCAUAGAGGUUCUCUAUGGCUGGACCCAGUGGCUGAAAGAUGAGAUCAAGAUCCAGGAGGCCUACCAGAUGCUAAAGAAACAAGGAAUAGUGAAACAAGACCCCCCAUUAUCAAGGGAAAUCAUAAUGCCCCCCCCGUCUCCCAGAGCAGUGGGCUCUGUGUUUGAUGACGCAGACAAAACAAAGCUGCUGGAGAAGCUCCUGAAGAGCCAACGCACCGACGAUCUGCAGGCUGCCAACUUGUUGAUAAAGAGCACCGUCAAGGAGGAGGAGGACAGAUUGGAGAAGGUGAGCAGGCGGACUAGUGCCGUAGAGGAAGUGAGGAGCAACACAAAGCAUCUGAGGGAGCUUCUGGAGAAGCACCGGAGGGCUGACCUGUCCUCAGAAGAGCAGGAGGAAAUGAAGAGCCUGUUCGAGAGCUGCGACAAGAUGAGGCCGACAUUGUUCCGAAUGGCCAGCGACACAGUGGACGAUGAGGCUGCACUUGCUGAAAUCCUCCAGGCUAAUGACAAGCUGAUACUCACCGUUAAUUUGUAUCAUGAAGAGGUGGAAAGUACACAAGCUAACGGCACAGGAGAGCACCCCAAAAACAUGACAGGCGCCAUAAACACCAAAGAGACAAAGACGUACCACCUCAUAGACCUGUCAGCACUAGACAUUGCCCAGCCUGAUGACGAGCCGGCACCAGUCAGUGGACUGGGCAACAACGGCCUGUCCCUGCUAGACGAGCAGCUUCUGGAGUUAGGAUUAAGUGACUCCCAUCCAGAAAUGAAUAAUGGCACCACACAGCUGCCUCAGCUCCCUUUUGAGUGCGAUCAGAAUUGCGACUCUCCUUACCGGCCUGCUGCUCCUCAGCCUUGGAGAUGUGAUGAACUUUGUGGCCUGGGGGACGUUACCACACGCACGGUGACAGGGAGCAGCGUGCUAAGGGCUCGAGGCUGCUCUGGGAAUGGAGGACUGGAGUUAAAGAGAGAUCCCACCCUGGGGUCUUGCACGAUUCCUUCUCAGCAUGGCUGGCCUGUUCUUCAGCCUACACCAGCUUUGGGCAGCAUCCAGAGCCAGCCAAGCAUUUUUCCAGAAUCGGUUAAAAAUCGGUCCUUAUCCAACGUCUUUGUCCCUCUGGAGUCGAUAAAGCCUAGUGCUGCUGCACCUGUCACGGUCCAUGACAAGGAUGGCAUACGAGUGAUGCUGCACCUGGCCAGGGACUCGCCGCCGGGGCGACCGGAUGUCAUCGUCAUGGUGAUCUCGAUGUUAAACACUUCACCACAUGCUGUCCGGGAUGUCAUUUUCCUAGCUGCGGUGCCAAAGACCAUGACUGUGAAACUGCAGCCAGCCUCUGGGACACAGCUUCCAGCCUACAAUCCCCUGCUGCCCCCCACCUCCAUAUCCCAGGUCCUGCUUCUCUCCAACCCUCUCAAAGCUAAGGUGCGAUUACGGUACAAGCUGGAGUUCCUUCACGGAGAGCAGAAGACCACCAAGCUUGGAGAAGUGGACGGCUUAUACUGAACACGCCUAGAACAACGCAAACGAGGAUGCUGGGAGCUACGACUAUGUGACAGGGCGGUCCGGAGGUUAUAUGGAGGGUUUCAGCCUGCUGCUUUUAUUUAUUUCAAAGUUUUAUAGUGACUUUAAAUUACUUUAUUUAGGGAUUGACCCAUUCAGUUCCAAAAAACAUGCAAUCUGUAACCAAGGGGCCUCUUGAGGUUGUCAGUGGUGAUAUCUCACAUCAACUAAACUAGGGGUUUAAGCAUAUCAUAGUGGCCUUUUACAACACCAUCACAUGCUAAUUUUUAAUGAUCUAUUUGAAGUAUAUGUGAUUAUAAUUGAGCUAAAGAGAACUGGCUAUAAUUGUUUCUAAUGUUUUUGAACCACUUGCAUUAUUUUAUAAUGUUAAACAAAUUAUUUGGAUUCUUAUGAACUAGAAAGUUAUUCUUUCUUUGGUCUGCUAGCAGUUUGACAUUGCUUGGGGGAAUUGGAGACAUCCUUGGCGUUUGUUUCAUUUUCUGUUUCCUUGGAAAAUGCAACCUCCUUGGAGAAAGAAAUUGUUAUGUUGACCAAGGCUUUUGCAAGGAUAAUAUGGCCAUUCUUGCAUCUCCUACCACAGCUGUUUUGGUUCACAUGUUGUUUUUUCCUUGUCUAAUAACCAUGCAGCAUGGAGUCAUUGUGUUUUGGAAGCACCCUAAUUCUGACCUUACUUUCUUAUAAAGCAUUAAAAUCCCUUUUUAUUAUCAUAUGGCUGUUUUUGAGAAAUAAGUUUGCUGGAUCAUCUGAAAAAUAUAUACAUCUUAAGGAGAGCAAUCAUUAAAUCAAAAUUGCAUUGCAUGGUAGCAAGGAGUUUGUUCUCCACGACAUCUAAUGAGUUUGGAAAAUAUAUUUCCACAAAAUUGGUCUCUAAUACACCAAUAAACAUACAAAGAUCUG